GAAGCCAGCGCCGCGGCCUGAUUGGCUGAGAGGGCGGAGCCGCGCAGGCGCAGUGUGGCAGGCCCAGCAGCUGGCGGUUUUUCCAGCUGCCGGGGCGGCGCGGAGCGCAUGCGCCCUACGGAGGGGGGGAGCGCUGCCGCCGCCCGCUUCGCCGCCGCCGCUGUCAGUUCCGGCUGCUGGUCGCGAAGCCUCCGAGGAGCGCCCCCUCCUCCCCCGCCGCCUCUCCGGCCAUGGCCCGGGACUACGACCACCUCUUCAAGCUCCUCAUCAUCGGCGACAGCGGUGUUGGCAAGAGCAGUUUGCUGUUACGUUUUGCAGACAACACUUUCUCAGGCAGCUACAUCACCACCAUCGGGGUAGACUUCAAAAUCCGGACGGUGGAGAUCAAUGGAGAAAAGGUGAAGCUACAGAUCUGGGAUACUGCUGGGCAAGAGCGCUUCCGCACCAUCACCUCAACGUAUUACCGAGGGACACACGGAGUGAUUGUGGUCUACGAUGUCACGAGUGCCGAAUCCUUCGUGAACGUCAAGCGGUGGCUGCAUGAAAUAAACCAGAACUGUGACGAUGUCUGCCGGAUAUUGGUGGGCAACAAGAAUGAUGAUCCGGAGCGCAAAGUGGUGGAGACGGAGGAUGCCUACAAGUUUGCUGGGCAGAUGGGCAUCCAGCUGUUUGAGACCAGCGCUAAAGAGAACCUGAAUGUGGAGGAGAUGUUCAACUGCAUCACGGAGCUGGUUCUGCGAGCAAAAAAGGACAACUUGGCAAAGCAGCAGCAGCAGCAACAGAAUGAUGUGGUGAAGCUCACAAAGAACAGCAAACGGAAGAAGCGCUGCUGCUAGUGUCCUUCCUUCCCUCCUUCCCCCGGUGCCAGAGACUGCGCGCUCAGCCAGCUCAGCCUUCCAGCCAGACUCGGGCGAUUCCACUGGGCUCGGCCGUGGGAGGCCUCUCCUGCUCCUCCUCCUCCUCCUCCUCCAUUUGUGCCGUUAUUUAAACGAGUCGUCCUCUCCACGUUUCCGGUCAGGAGGCACCUUCCCACAGCAGUGCCAAGCAAGUCUGAGGUGGGGAUGGUUCUACCCCUCUCUCCUCCCUGCUCUUUCAAGAGCAUCUUGUAGACAAAAAUGACUUUGCCUACCAAGUGGACUUUUGAGUCUAAGAGUUUGUACAUAAUGUAUAUUUGCUUUGACCAGCUGCGCCUCCCUCAUGUUGCUUUGGCUUCUGCCUUCUUAAUAUCAACAAUCAUGAAUUCAUCUCCCCCCCCCCCCCCACCCUCCAAAGAUGCAGGACAAUGUCCUUAAAUGGAGCAGCCUUUGGCGUCCCCUGCUCUCCGGCCUUGGUUAGCCUCCGAGCUAGGAGUUGCUCUUCACUGCCUUUUAAACUCUGCGUCGGGAGCCUUCUGAGAUUCUUCCCUAGACUCCAGAAUAGUCAGUCUUGCUGGAGCUUCAUAACAGCUGCUCUCUAUGAUCUGGUAGGGCACUAGAAAUGCUCCUUUGUGCCCCAGAUUACAUUUCUCUUGAUUAUUUAAAGUGAAACCAUCAGGGAUGAUACAUGUUAAGAUUAAAGUUUGUGCUUUCCCAGACUGCUGUUGGGCGAUGACUCCCAUCAUCCUCAGCCGCAAUGGCCGUGGAUGAUGGGAGUUGUAGUCAACAGCUGGGGGACGCAGUCUGAGAACCCCUGCCCUAAUGGCAUGACUCUCCUGUGACAUCUAGAGGAGCUCCAGAUGCGUCCAUCUGCCAAAAAGCCACGCUGCCCCUCUGGCCUCAUCACUCUUGCCCACUUCCAAGAUGUGGACUCAGAGGAACCUUUCUGAAGCAGCAGGCGGUGGGGGAGUCCUCCUGUGCAUUAAGAGCAGAGAUGUGUAGGAGGCCUUCUCAAUGGUGCCAGCUGUUUCUCACUUCCUUCCCUUAGAAUGGAAGCCAGCCUUUGGGGUAUCGAGCAGCAGAGGGUUGGGCCAUGGUGAAUGGCCUCCUUGACCAGGCUGAAAAGAGGGCAGGAUUCCUCGUGGGCUUGAGUGGGGAAAGAACCAGGGCUCUGCUCCUCAGCAUUUUUCAAAAGCAAGCGCCUCUCCUAGCAUAUUGGGGGCAGGACAGUGGCGGGGAGCAGUGUAUGGCUGGGCUGCGGAGGAGCACAGUCCCUUCAGCCCCACACAACUCUCUCUCUCCCCCGGUGGGGGCCUGAAGAUGGAGCUGCCUCAUGUUAACAGGAGGCUCUUUGGACACCAACGACCCUUUGGACUUGGAAUCAUGCAAGAAGGGCUCAUUGGAAAACCCUUAUUUAUUUUUGGCUUGCCUUUUUAGUCACACCCACAAGUUGUGGUCUCCUGCCCAAGCCCUGACUGUGCAGUCGCAUCCGAGGUCGCCUGGCAGUGCCUGUGGGGCUGCCCAUACAGUCAGCUGGAUGGGCUUCAGCCAGGGAGUGCUGGGGAAACCACCCCCGUGGGCUGCACAUCUCACGCCUCCCACUUCUCUGUGCAUCUCGUGUAAGUUACUUUCACUAAUCCCGGAGCGGGGAUGUCCGCUGAGCCAUCCCGUUUGGAAGGACCGGCUCGUGUGCAGUUGUGCUGGUGGUGGUGGUGAUAUAUAGUGAUGUCUUGGUGUGGAACUGGCGGUGGGUCCUCGCGGCAGGGUGGGGGUUGCUCUCGCAGUGCAGUGGUCUCUGGGGGGAAGGGGGAUCCCGGGUGUGAGCUCUGCCAGUCCAGUGUCUGGUUUUGGAGUGUGGGGUGCUUCUUCCGGGCUGCCUUGGGUAGCCUUUCCCGGGCCUUGUGCCUGGGCGCUGCUGCUGCUGCUCCUGCAGCAGCACCUCUGCUUGUAAAAGGAGGGGCUGCCUGGUGGGGGGGGCCCUUGUGGCAGACCGUUUGAAAGCAAGACGGUUGCGGGGAGGAGGGGUCGCAUCUCUAGUGGUGCUGAUGUCCAGCGGUGGAAUGUCUAACUGGUUUGCUAGGAUUAUUUCUGUAUAUUGAAACUUUCUAAUUAUGCUUUUUAAAUAAUUUUAAAAAACUAAAAAUAAAGGUGCCAAGCUGCCAAAUCUC